AUGAAAGAUUCUGUUGAAAUUUGUUUAAUCACUUAUGAAAACGUUAUCAUGGCAGCAGUGGAGGUAGAUGAAAAUAGACUUCCGAUGUCGAGGAAUUCAACAAAACUUGGCAUCCUGGAGGGCUCGUUGGUUCAUACUCAUAUUCCUAUCUCCUACAAAAACUGGAAGAUGGUGCCUGAAAAUUACGAAGAUGAUGUCUGGGAGGAACUACAUAAAUCAUAUCUAUUGCCUGAUGCUUGUAAAUCAACUUUGUUAAAGGGGAUGUCUGAUCCAUGGGGGCGACAAAGGACUGCACGUACUCCUCCAAAUGUAACUGAUGAAGACUGGAAAACAUUCUGUCGCCACGAGGAGGAUGAAAAGGUUCAGAAAAAUAGAUUGGAUAAUAAGAGGAAAAGGGAGAAGUAUGAUUACAGUCAUACCUCCGGUCGCAAACCUCGUAGUUUGGUGAGAGCUGAAUUGGAGCUGGAGAAUCCUGGAGUAGAAAUCACUACCUCUGAUGUGUGGAUUAAAGCCCAUACACAAGAGGGUUGGAAAAUACUACCCAGUGCGCAGAAAUACUAUGAUGAUCUGAAGAAGGCGCAGCUAGAUAUUAAGGAAAAACAAGAUUCGGGUUCUUCUGUAGAUGAAGCUGAUGCAUUGACUGUAUAUUUUGGGAAAGAUACAAGGGGACGGGUUCGUGUUGUUGGUGCAGUUUCUCGUACACAAUAUGACUAUUCAGCUUCUGCACGUGCGAAAGUUACUGAAAUGAAGUCUAAGGAUGGAGAGCUCAAGCAUCAGGUGAAAGAUUUGGGUACCAAGAUGGGGUUUCUACUCGAAGGCUUUGGAACCUUAUGUAACGUUGUCAAUAAUAUCUAAUCUGGACAAUCCUCAUUUAUUGCCUCGAACCACAUGGAUAGUUCACAAGUUCAUACAAGUUCACCUGCUCAUACUCCUGCAGCAGGCAAUACCAGUUCACCUGCUCAGGCUCCUUCAGCUGGCAAUACAAGUUCCCCUGCUCAUACUUCUUCAGCUGGAAAAUCUGUAGCUGCUGACACCAUAUCACCAGCUCGAUCAGCUGUAGGUUCUGAUAUAAAACGUUCA